CACACACACACACACACACACACACACACACACACACGCUGUGGCGCCUCUACUCCCUUUUUGGACCUGCUGUCCAAAGCUCGGUGCUGUUGGACAUUUUUGUUCACGGGCAGAGUUUUUCACACGCUGGUGUGUGUGAACAGAUCCUGGUUGUGUGUCUCCCCGGUGGAUUUGUCCUCCUCAGUGGGCUGAGGAAGGAGGAUUCACACCAGUCAGGUUCCCACCUGGACCCCCAGGAGCUGGAACCAGACCGCAGCCGACUUUGUAAUCUGUGAAGAUGCAAGCCUCCACUGCCUCGCCUGUGACCAACAUCACGUCAAACUCAACCGCCGUCACCAAGUCGCAGGAGCAGAUCCUCAUCCAGAUGAUGCCGUUGCUAAGCGACAGCAGACUUCCUGUGGAGCAUCCAGAAAGGUGGAGGCUUUAGGAGCAGCAUCGGGAAAUAACAUGAAUCCUCCCAACCAGCCAGACGUGUCUGCUGUGUCCUCAGGUUCUGGAGCCAUGAUCGCCGUCAUCGUCGUCGGCAUCAUCCUCAUCCUGGCCGUUCUGCUCUUUAUCCUGAAGACGUACAACAGGAGGACUCAUGCCUCCAGGGUUCUGGGACUCCGUGGCUCCAAACCUCGUCCCAAGACCUCUCAGUCCACCUCGCAGAGCAACGUGCCCCUCGGCCCCGUGGGAGUGGACGGCCUCCCGCCUCCCGGACCGGAGCUCAGCAGCCUGGAGGAGCGGCGGGCGGAGCGGGCCAGCACCACCAGCAGCUCCACCGCCGCCACCGUCCACGAGCAGCCGUCUGUGGAGAACACAUAGCGCCAGGCCGCCCCCAACCAGGACCCCAGACUGCCCCCGGGGCCGGGGACGGGACCUUCAUCUGCCCCCGAGUCAGGACCUGGGCCUCAUCUGCGCCCGGGCCAGGACCAGGACCUCAGUCUGCCCCCGGGCCAGGACCGGGACCUCAGUCCGUCCCUGAGCCAGGACCGAAACCUCAAUCUGCCCCUGAGCCAGGACCUGGGCCUCAGUCCGUCCCUGAGCCAGGACCUGGGCCUCAGUCCGUCCCUGAGCCAGGACCUGGGCCUCAGUCCGUCCCUGAGCCAGGACCUGGACCUCGGUCUGUCCUUGAGCUAGGACCUGGGCCUCAGUCCGUCCCUGAGCCAGGACCUGGACCUCGGUCUGUCCUUGAGCUAGGACCUGGGCCUCAGUCCAUCCCUGAGCCAGGACCUGGACCUUGGUCUGUCCCUGAGCCAGGACCUGGGCCUCGGCUGCUCCCCCUGGUGGUCCAGCCUGCUGCUGCAGAAUGAGGGAGGAAGAGAAACCAUGUGAAGGGGUUCAGCUGGACCACUGGGUUCCACUGAGUUCCACUGCCUACGGAGCAGAAAGUGGUCCAGAACAGGUCUAGAAAGUCGUCUCUCUGCACACUCAGAAGACGUCUUCAGGGGAGCCGGAAUGAAGGUCUUUCUUGGACGUUGUCCGGUUGUCCUGUUGCCCUGUUGAGACAUUGCAGUUUUGUAGAGAUGACACAGUUGUUGGACGUCUCGUCCUCGAAGGAGCGAGAGCCACCCCCCUGCACAGAGACACGUCUCAAGACGUCUUUUCAGCGUUGUCUUUUGCCCGUGGUUUUGGUUCCAUGAUGGUUCAGACUGAAGCUCCAGACGAUGAUGUUUUACUGACGUCCACUGAAGGGCUAGCAUUGGCGUCCACAGUAACUGUCGUCCAAAUGAGGGCGUUAUGGACGUCUUUUCAACACCAGAUUUACUCUCAUUUUAGACCUGGUUUUUAUAAAAAUAAUGCGUUGGGGGUUUGUUAUUAGGUCUUUGGAGGUAACCUGCGUGUGCAGCCACAGCUGUCCUCCAGCCCCUCCAACCACCGCCCGGUCCCUGUCACUGCAUCCACCCUGACUUCCUGCGGUUCCCUCUUGGUCCCCCGUCCAGGUCCUGACCACGUCCUGCCUUGCUUCGCUUCUGAGAGCAGGUAUCUUCAAGACAGUGUCUGUAGAGGAACUAGUGUUUCCCAGAGUAAAGCAAGGAAGUCAAAGCAAGGCGCUCCAGCAGGGGGAGCUGUCUCUGGGUAAUGGUCACUUGGAGACAUAAAAUAAACAUAACUAGGAAGGGAACUUGUGUCUGGUUUGUUGAGCCGACUCUUCCUUUCACUCAUUAACUGGUCACAGUGGGAGCAGCCACGCUGACGCUGAUGUUACCGUCAUCUUCAUGGAACCAAAGCUGGAUGGAAAAAGAGAUGUUAAAAAGACGUCUUUGGGACGUGUCUCUGCUCUGGCUCCUUUGAGGACGUCUUCUGGAUGUCAGAUAAUUACAUCAAUGAAACGUAUUUCUUUGACAUGAAUACAGUGUCCCCAUGAGACAUCCCUACAACGUCCAAGACAGACGUAUACAGUAGAAGACUUCGAUCGGGGCUCCUGCAUGGGUGCAGACGUCUCUGGGGCAGGGGGGCUGAUGGGAUGUUGGAACAGGGGGCUGAUGGGAUGUUGGAACUCCAGCGAUCAAGCUGCCAGAAAAUGACUGACUCAAUAAAUUAUUCCACUAACACUGAAGCAGUUGCUUUUGGCUCAUGGGCCACGGUUUGCUGUGAAGGCAGCCAUCAGAGAGCUCCUAUUAGAAACCACAGAUCAGCAACAGUCAGCACCGUUCACAGCUCAGACCGAUCGAGCGUGAACAAACCAGAAAACACCAGUACCUUUCAAUAUGUAUGCACAAAGAGAGUGAGGGAAUCGACUUAACAAGGAUUUAGAAACACUCUUAAACCGUUUUGUUUUGGCUUUUCUAUUUGCAUUAUCAAUUAUGUAAGGGGAAUUAAAAAAGUUGGCAAAAAAAGACAAAGCUGUGAAACGGGAGAACUUUCGAUUCUACUUCCAUGUUUAUAUUUGAUAUUUACUCAAAACGAUCACGAAGUGUAUCAUAUUAGAAACUUUUAAAUCCAUAAAAUAAAUAUCAAAGGUAG